GAUGAUAGAGGUUGUCCGAUAGUAUGAAAGCAAACAUUUACUGAUUAAAACCAACCAUCAUUGAUCUCUGAAUUGGACAAUUCUCUCAUCAGGUUCCAUAUUAGCAAAGGGUUCGCGCAUAGUUUGUUAUUUUGUCAUGGUAGAAUGACAAUAAACUAAACGGCAUUGUUAUUGAAUCUACGCUGGAAAAUCUAAAUUCAAAGCAGGUGUAUUUUGACAACACACUCAGACUAUUCGAUGCCGCAUGGUGUGGAACGUUUUCUGUUAGAUACGCCCUCAAGCGUCAACUCACUUUCAACAUCUAAUCUUACAGCACCAUGGACAGAGGCUCCGUCCAGAAGCUAGUUGCUGAUAUACUGCGAUGCUAUCAGGACGAGCAACGGAAGACGCAGGAGGUGGUGGACGCUCUGAGGCACCUAGCAGAUGAACUGGAUGUCAAGCAACGAGACAUGAACAUCGCCAAGACUGCCUUCGCAUCCGGUGGGAUCGCAGCUACAGGCUUAACUGUAGCAGGAAUAGCAGCGGCCCCAUUCACUUUUGGAGCAUCCCUAGGGAUCACAAUAGCGGGCGUUGCUGUCGGUGUCUCCAGCGGUCUUGGUGGACUGGCGACGACCAUUGCUGACAAAAUCAUCAACAGCAAAACGAUGACAGAAGCUCAAGCCAAGAUUGAUGACUAUCAGAAAACUGUGACACACUUGGCCAGCCUCAUUGAGAGAAUGAAUUCCAAUAACAACCAUGAACUUCGCAAUAUGAUUACCGAAGAAAUCGACAGCCUGGAAGAAAGUGAGAGUCGGGUGACCCUGGAACUGAUCCUCAGUGGGCUGAAGACAGCAGCAGAGACAGGCGGAUCUGCUGCCAGGACAACAGCUGUUGCAGGGGCAGUCGCAGCUCGGGCCACGAUGGCAGUGGGGAAGACGAUGAUAGACGUGCUGUCGACGGGGGCCAAAGUCUUGAAGAUCGGAGGGGUUGUGCUGUCGGUGUUGACUGUGCCACUGGAUCUGCACACUCUGAUCUCCAACAGCAUAAAGAUCCAUAAGAAGACGCCGUCGCAAACUGCAGAGUUGAUCCGAAAUAUGGCAACACAUUUAGAGAAACUAAAUGCUAAAAUUCGCCGACAACGCCUGAUACAGAUAGUAGACAAAGUACCUGCUGACCUAACUGAACUUGCCAGGAAGUAUGAUACGUCCAACUACCUUCCUACAUUGCUCAAGCUGUUGUGUAUCUGUGUGCAGGUCUCCGCCAUUGUGUUCGUUAUAAUACUUCGACUGAUGUGUGUUUUCGUGGAUGUUUGGUUUUCAACUUCUGCCUUCUUGAAAUUAUUCACAGCAACUGUAGUUUUGUGUGGACUCGUCAAUCUUGUCUUAGAAACGUACUUGAUUAUUUCAGAUAACUCCAUUUGGAAUGAUGUGGAGUCGAAACUAGACAAAUUUGUGAAUUCAAUCAAGUAUGUCACCCGCAUGGAUGAAAAUGCGUCUCUUCGAGCUGAAGUGCGUUCUCUUCAUUGUACAAUUCAACACAAGAUCCAUGCUGGGGAGUAUAUGAAAUCCAGCAACAGUGAAUUUAUAUUGAUUGUGGUAACAUUGAUCCUAAAUGUCGCCCUGUUUCUGCAUUGCUGGCAUGAAGAGGCUACAGACACUGCAGUCUUGAAUUUAGAAGCAUCUGCCCACCCUCUGGCAGUCUACACCAAUAACCAUCCUCUGACAGUCUACACCAAUAACCAUCAUAUGGUUGGACUCGGUGGACUGAUGUUUGGUGUUCUCUCUUUACCAAUAUCACUGUUUCUCCUGCAAUCCUUGAGUUCAACAGUUCGUGGCCUUAAGAAAUCAAAAGUGGCUGAGGCUUUGAAGAAUCAUGGGGAGGAUUUCAGAUAUCGUUUUCACGAACUUCUCGUCGGAGAGGGAUGGUUGGAUCAUAGGUGAAAUCCUCCCAUAUGUACCAUGCUUGCCUAAACUAGACAUCAUAUCGAGUGUCACCCAUUUAACAGCUAGAUCACAUCGUCUGACUCUACACAGUGAGACGUUCUUUGUCCAGACAAACCUUCAGGUGAAAUCGUCUGGAUAAACAAAUCAUGAGUUUGUUGGGGACAUCCCCACCAGGAAUCAAGCUGUUUAAGAUGUGUCCCACAGACUGUUUCAUUGUGUAAUCCCCACCCCUUAAUGUUCAUCCUACUUCAAUCAUGUUCUCCUCAUUUGUUCCUGUUUUAUCCUACAAUGGAUUCUGCUGAUAGCAGAUAUUGGUAUUAUUAUGGAAUGGAUUAUGUCGCUUUUAUUUAAGAAAUAAACGAAGAAUGGGGGUUGUUCAUCGUACAAAAAAACAUUGCAGGGAGAAUAAACCAUGAGAUGCGAAGUUCCAAGUGGUUUAUUCUCACUGCAGUUUUUUUAAUUUAACGGUAAACAACGACCACGAUUCCUUUAUUUGUAUAUGAGAUAUUAACAUUAUGUACAUAACUAUUAUAAGUUUUGUCUUUCCCGCAUAUUCUUACAAUCCCCACGUCCAUUAUCUGUACCUUUUCUCCUUAUAGUGAUUGUCAUACCGCUGGUACUUCUUUGAUGUGAUCUUUUAGCCACUGCGUUUAUCUGUGCUGCCCAGUCCAAUUUACGACGUCAUUAGGUUGCGAGUGCAUGAUAAUGAUAAUGGGUUAUUCAGUGUAUACAGAUAACGCUGAAUAAUAACAUACAGCAGUCGGAUAUUACACUUAAUUUAUCUUUGUAACACACCGGUUUGUUUUGAGCUUUUUUAUAGCAUACUUAAAGGGGCACUGAUCUAAAGCAAUUCCCCGGGACUGGUUGUUGCCUUUGUUAUCGUUUAUUCGUGAGUACCCGUGAGUACCCGGAUGAUAUAGCAGAAAUCUAGACUAGUACUCGAACUGUGCUGCGCCAUUCGUAAGCGCAUUUUUGUCGCCUUUAUUGAUAGGGUAAGAGCGUAUUGUCAUAUUGAUCAACAAACUGAAAUACGGUUUAGUCUUGAAAAUAAUAACGACAUGUUGAUCUUUGCAAAGGUGAUGGUGACAAAAUUUUGAUAAGUCACUUGCUUGGUAUUGUGCGAUUUUCGUUUAGCACUAUUUUGAAAAUAUUUCACCUGUGCAUUGCUUAUUUGUGUAUAUUUUAUAGUCAAAAUGUGUAACAAUUUCACUUAGGCAAUUUAUUAAACGCCUAAAUAUUCAGUUAUUUUACAAACUGACUGAACAAUCUGUCCCGUUCUGUUAUUAUGAUCACGAAUUCCAAACAUUUUUAUACUUUACUUUCAUCACCCAGUGACUGAAAAUGAUAGGAUUAAAAGCAAUCGAAAUUCAAAGAACAUUUCUAUAGUUUUGGCUUCUUGUCCUACCAUAAUUAGUCUAUUGAUGUUUUAAGCCCAUUUGAACCUCUUAAUAAUUGUUAAACAAUCAGUUAAAUAAAUGGACAGAUGUUUCAGUCAAUUUGGAAGUUACUGAAAUAUUCAGACAUUUUAUAGAAUCACAUUUUCACAUUGACUGUAACAAAUACAAGCCUCCAAACGAAAAGGCUUGUGAAAACAGCGUCUGUCUCCCAUCGAAGAACUUCCCAACGAAAACGUUGAGGAGCAAGUAUGAUUCUAUUUAAUGCAAUGGCAAAUGAUUAAAAACAUAUGCAAAUAUCAUAAUUACAACCUACCAAUGUUAAAUGCAUAAAUUUAGGCAGCUACCUUGUUUGAGGAAUGUAUCCGUGAAUAUCCACAUUAAGGAACAAUAUACCAUACGUCUGGAACUGUACAAAUAACUUUAUUCGAUGUCACGUGUCUCUGUAACAAUCAAAUAUUUUAAUUAUAUAUAGCUUUUCGGGAUAUUAUAACCGGUGUUCGUUUCCCAACUGAUCACUUAGUUUGUUUGCAGUGUUUCAUAUAGAUGUCAAGUCUCAAAGGCCAGCUGAGACAGCCCACGUGACAACUAUUUUCAUAAUGUCCAUGGUUCUUAAAAAAACAUAGCGUUAGAUAACAAUGAACAAUCAAUAAACGUUUUAUCGGCUAAUCCUU